AUGAAGCGUAAUUUCAAUAGUGGAAACAUAUCAGAUGAUGGAGAUUGUGAUUUAUCAAACAAGCACAAUUCUCAAAAUGAUUCUGACAAUGCAUUGGAUUACUCAGCUGCUUCAGAUCACAGCAGCACUGAUUCAGGUACAUUUGUCCAGCAACAUUCAAAUUCAUCUUCUACGUCUGCAGUGCCUACCAAUGCUAAACAUUCUCGUUCAAAUAAUCAUGGAACCAAGAAUUUUGAAGAAGAUGAGAGAAGAAGAAUCAGACGUGAAAGAAACAAGAUGGCAGCUGCUAAAUGUCGACAAAAAAGAGUCGACCAGACAAAUAGUCUCUUAGAAGAAACAAAAAAACUUGAAGCAGUACAACAAAAGUUGAAGGAGGAAAUUCAAAAUUACGAGAAGCAAAAGGAGGAACUGGAGUUCAUAAUGGACUCUCAUCUGUUGUAUUGCAACAUGAAACCAAAAUAUUCUGCAAGCAACACUCGCAAGACUUCCAACACACUGGCCCUUGAUAAUGAAGAUGACUUGAGGUCUAAUGCAUCCAUGCAAGUCAAGUCAGAAGAUGAUGAAACUCUGUUAAAAGUUGAUAUUAACAGUAAAAGACCAAACUUCAUCAGUGACAACAAUCCAACACUUGCUUUGAAAUCAGAGAAUGGAAAACAGUUUUUAAUAUUGCCAUGCAACAAUGUUUUAUCAGAAAGUUUCAAUAACAAUUCUAAUGAUUGUUCAGUAGUUGCAAAUUCUCUUUUAAGUGAAAGUGCAAGAAAUGUUACUUCGACAUCAGACACACACAUUAUUAAUCCCACAAACAGCGACAAUAAUUUACUUGAUGCUAGAUUGAUAAAUGAGUUUUUACAGCAGCAGCAAGAUCAACUACAACAGCUUCAACAAAAAUUAGCUUCAUCAAGACCGCUAACAGCUGUGAGACCAAAUUAUUUGCCUACUCAAACUUCACAUUCUGCCUUAAUGAUGACCAGCUCGAGCGUCAAUACCACCAGCGCCACGACUCCAACUUUCUUAGCAAUUGGACUUGAUUCAAUAAUUGAUGGACAGGCGGCACUGACCCCAAUGUCUGGCUUCUCACCAUUUGCAGGUCAACCAUCACAACUCCUCAUCACGCCCAUCAUGUCCCUGCCACUUGAUAAUGUCCUCAGUGCCAUCAGGACAAAUGAUACUGAAAACUGUGGUAGUAGUAAUAAUAAUAAUAAUAAUAAUAAUAAUAAUAAUAAUAAUAAUAAUAAUAAAGAAUCUUUUGUUACCGCCCUUACUCCUAUUAAGUCUGAAAAAAUGGAUCACUGA